AGGCAGCAAUCCUGCCAUGUGUCACCGCCCGGCGUGGAGGCUGCGGGGAUGGCUGCGCUGGCUCGGAGCGUCCUGGUGACGGGGUCCAACCGGGGCAUCGGGCUGGAGCUUGUGCGGCAGCUCGCUGCCAGCCCCUGGCCCCCCCAGCACAUCUUUGCCACCUGCCGUGACCCCGAGGGUCCGAGAGGGAAGGCCCUGAAAGAAUUAGCUGCCCAGCACGCUAGCAUCAAACUGGUCCAGCUAGACACAGUGAACCUGCCCAGCAUCCGAGGGGCCGUGGGGACUGUGGGGUCUUAUCUGAAGGACCAGGGCUUGAACCUGCUCAUCAACAACGCAGGUGUCAGCUCACACGCCACGCUGCACUCCCUGGAUCCCCAGGAGAUGCUCGCCGUGUUUGCCACCAACGUGGUUGGGCCACUGCAGGUUACCAAGGAAUUCCUGCCGCUCCUGGAGCAGGCGGCGAAGGGCGCAGGGAAGGAGGGGCUGAGCUGCAGCAGGGCCGCGGCCAUCAACAUCUCCACCAAACUGGCAUCCCUCGGGCUGUGCCUCGGGGUGCAGGAGGCCCCCAUGUACCCGUACCGUGCCAGCAAGGCUGCCCAGAACAUGGUGACAAGGUGCUUGGCUGUGGAGCUCCAGGACAAGGGGAUCCUGUGUGUGGCCAUCCAUCCUGGCUGGGUGAAGACUGACAUGGGGACGGAGAAGGCACCACUGACGGUGGAGCAGAGCGUGCGGGGCAUCCUGACCGUGCUGGCCAGCCUCUCGCAGGACGCCUCCGGAGCCUUCCUCGACUGGGAAGGAAACUGCCUGCCCUGGUGAUGGACAGAUGGAUGGUUUCUCUUGCCCAUGCUGCAGCCUCCCGCUUGCUGACUCACCUCUCUGAGUGGUCACCCUGCUUGCCCUCAGCCCACCUUGGGCUGUCAGGGAGAGGGGAAGGGAUUGGGAAGCAGGGUCUCUCCCCUUCCCCACCCUCUACAUGACC